AUGCGGCACAGCAGCGCGUUUGGAUGCCCCCGGCGACAGUGCAGCGCACCGCACCCCGGCCGCCGCACCCCGGCCGCCCGCCCGCCCGCCCCCGCGCCGCGCCCGGGCCACCGCGCCCCCCGUGCCGCGCCCGACGACGGCGAUGGCGGCCCUCUGAUCGACGAGCGGCAGAUGUACGUCAAACUCAGCAUCGCCUCCAGCACCGGCCGCAUCGACCUGUCAGACCUGCGCCUGCGGUCGCUCCCCGCGGGCCUCUGGGAGAUCUCAGAUCUGCAUGACCUAAGCGUCGCCGGGAACGAUCUGGGAUCGCUGCCAGGCGAUCUGGGGGCGCUCUCGGAGCUGCGGCGGCUGGUCGCGGCCGGGAACGGCCUGAGGGAUCUGCCGUCUGAGUUAUGGGGCCUCACCUCACUGGAGGGCCUGUGGGCGCACGGCAACGCGAUAGGGGAGCUGCCGGAAGCUGUCGGGCAGCUGACGGCGCUGAAGAGCCUCUCCCUGGCGGGCAACCGGCUCGCGGCGCUGCCCGAGUCCCUGGGCCGCCUCUCGGCCCUCCAAGACCUCGCACUCUCAGGCAACCUCAUCGAAUCCCUGCCCCCCUCUGUGGCGGCCCUGCCGAAUUUGAAGCGCCUCGCGCUCAACGGCAACCGCCUGUCGGCGCUGCCGGGCGACUGGGGGAGCUGCGGGAAGCUGCAGGAGCUGCACCUUCAGGGCAACUUCCUUAGGGGGGUGCCUGACGGCUUCGCGCGUCUGCCGGCCGCUAUCGAGCUGUCGCUGGCCGACAACCAGAUCGCGCGGCUGCCGUCAGAUCUGUCGGGCUUCAAGGCGCUACAGAAGCUGCACCUCUACGGCAACAGACUGGAAACGCUCCCGAUUGGCGGCAGCAGUAGCAACAGCAGCAACGGUAGCAGCGGCAGCAGCAGCAGUGGUGGCGGCAGCAAAGGCCUUCUCGACCUUGAAAACCUGCAGCAGCUUUGGCUAGAAGGUAACCCUCUCUCUCGCCAAACGGUCGACGAGCUCCUGCGCCGCGCCGUCGAGCUGGCAGCUGCCGGGAAGCUGCCGCCGGGGCUGAAGGCGGUCGGCCUCGACGAGUCGCAGGUGGAGGGCGCUGACGUGGCGCUGCUCGACGCCGCGCUGACUGUGCGGCCGGGGAUGAUACGGAUCGGGGCGGUCAAAGGGUCGGGCCCGGGGUACUUCAAACUCCAGCGCGGUGGGCAGCAGCGGCGGCCGGCGGCGGCGGCCGGCGGCGGCGGAGAGGCGGCCGCGGCGGGCGAGAGGGUGCUCGUGGUGUCGUUUGGGAGCGCGCCGGGGCUGGCGAAUUGGGGGGGUGUCCUGCGGAAGGUGGCUACGGCUAUGGAGGAGGAAGGCUAUGGCGGGUGGGUGCGGGGGCUUGGGCGCGGCCGUGCGCGCGGCCGCGGCGCCGCCUGCGGACUGCCAGCGCCGGCACGGGUACCGGUGGCGCCGCCGGGGGCAGGGGAGGGGGCCUGUUGUUCCGUGGGGCGCCCGGCGGGCGCCUCGCGUCGGCGGCGCGCGCAGGCCUUCAGGCUGCGCGCCUUUGACGUGCUCUUCGUCGUGGAUCCAUUCCGGGACUGGUACCGCGGCGGCGACCCCGCCGCCUUCCAAUCCACCUACCACUCGCGCCUGGAGGCCGCAGUCGCGGGCUACAGCCGGGUCGUGAUGGUUGGGGACAGCAUGGGGGCGACGGCGGCGCUGCUGUUCUGCCGGGCGGCGACGGCCGUCCUCGCGUUCAGCCCGCAGGUCGACCUGCGGACGGCGUCUAUCCGCCCCUCGCGCCCCAACGAGUGGCUCGAUGCGCUGCAGCAGAACCUGCAGGAUGCAGUCGCCGCCAGCAAGGCGCGCGUGCGCAUACUGACAGGCACCUGGCAGCACGACAUAUCCCAGGCGGCCCUCCUGAAGCACCACCCCAACGUCGUCAUCAAAACAUACGCCCAUGACGACCACCGCCUCGCCCUCGCCCUGGCGCGCACCCAGAAGCUGGCCCCCCUGCUGCAGGAGGCCAUCAGCAACGAGGCCGGCCUGCCCAGCAAAAACGUGCGGCUCGCAAACCUCCUGUGA